UCAUUGUUUGAACUCAUGAAGGAGUGAUCUUAUUGGAGCAGAGUUCAGCUCUGAUCCAGUCGAGGACCUUGGCCCGUGUGCCGUGUCACUGGCCAAAUGCUUAUUAUGACUGGAGCAAUAGUCCAUUGUUUGCUUCUGAAUGAGGGCUCUCUGUCUUAAUCUGGCUUUACACUGCCGAUCGGCUCAGUCUCUUAUGCGCAGUAAAGUACGGGCAAACACUGUUGACCAAACGCCCCAAAUCAUUGUGUUACGCUGCACGUACAGCAAGACAGUGAUGUCAGCAGUUUCAGGAGUUUGCUGCAUGAGGUUUUGGUGCAUUUGGGGAAUACCAUUAUCCAAAAUGUCUUGAGUAUGUGAUUGUGCAGCACACAACUAAAGACUGUUAGCUAGCUAGCUAGAUAGAUAGAUUGGAGAGCUUUUGUUCCAUCUUUAACUCUACACUUACAGCAGGAAGACGGGGAAAGAUCCACACUGUGUUUCAGGGCCGGCUUGUGACUGCGAGGACUGGUAGAGGCUGGGUCGCCUACAUGUUUCUUUGUGCAUACAACAGGAUGCUGCUAGAGAGGGGGACACAUUUCUGUGUGGGACAUUAUACAAGACGUCAGCACAAGCUACUCUCAUAGAGCCAUGCAGAAGAGAUUCAUGGCCUUACUUGGUGAUGUCGAGAGAGAGAGAGGGCGAGAGAGAUAUUCUAGUGGGCCUCUCUGAUAGUGUGACCAUGUGCAUCCAGCAGCGGAGACAGAGCCCCAACAGACGACGGACUUGUCUGGGAUUUGGGUCAAGGGUAGCAGAGAGGAGGAGGAUAAGUGGAAAGAGGUAGCACAGAGCAGGAAAUAAGAAGUGGGAGUUUCUGAAAGAAAUAUACAAAAAGUGCCCUUUGACCCGUGAGUGGUUCAUGUCAAGAAUGUUCCAAAUAUUGCAGCGGACGACACUAAACGUGCCCUUUUUAAAUGGGGCAAUCUGCCCUCUUGACAAAACAGAACUGCGAGAGUUGGUCUGCUCUGACCUCUAGUGGCCAUAAGUCAGAACCGAGAGAAGACAUCCGCACCCACUCGCUGAUGGUUGACUGCCAUGUGGUGCCCUCAGCAUAUGUGCUGAUUAUGCACUUAGCUGCUCUACAUUGAAGGGUGUGGGUGUGCGUUUGUGUGAGAAACCACACUGGAGCUGCAUGCGGGUGGCUGAGAACCUGUCACCAAGUUAUUUUUCUUUGAGUGUGACUAUUGUCAAACCAACAGGACGGAUGCACCUGCAGGCAUUUUGUUUGACUUUUGGUUUUGCAUUUUGGAGACACUUGAAAAUAUGAUUUUAGACGCCACACAACUGAAACCGUGUAACAAAAGCCUCAAAGCUGCUCCUUGUUGUCGUCAUCCCAAGAAGUGAUCGAAUCAAAGACUAAAACACAAAGUCAUGUACAGUACACACGCCACAAAAUAUCUGUAAAAUGAUAAACAGCCUUGAAGAAGGAAGUGCAUCAACUAAUAGGGGAACUGGACUACAGUAUUUUUAUCCCCAAAAAUGGAAGAAUGCAAAUGCUGCAAUGCAAUUGCAAUUACUGAUAUAGCCUAGUGGCAUAAACCAGAGGUUCGGGCUCAAACUGUGACCUCUAACCACAUUCAAAAUGCCACCUCUCCACCCCCGUUCCCCCUGUUGUUAAUCUUUUAGAUCGGUGUCUCAAGUGCGUGCUGUAAUUUGGUUUCCUCACACUCUUGUCUGCACAAGCCCGCGUUACCUUUUUGGUUGCUAGGAGCCGAGUGACGUCAUAAACGGCGAAAAAAAACAUUCAAGCCAGUGCUUCCCCUUCCAGUUGUCACCAUGCUUGAGAAACUUUCUACACCGGACGCCAUCGACUGGUACAAAGACAGUUAAACAGAAACUACAAUCACUUGCAAGGUUUUUAUUGCAGACUCGCUCACAAGCACAAGCCGACAAGUCUCUGCUGCUCCAGAGGAGGUUUGCUGUCGGGGAGGAGUGUUUGAGCGUGUGCAUCAGUCUGCUGUGGAACUGCAGGAACAUGUAGUCUCCGGCGGCUACUCCAGCCUCUGACCUCCCCCCUCCGUCCACGCCUAGGGGAUAACGGACAAGGUGAUUCAGUGUGAGUGACGAGAUGAGUUUGAGUUAGGCCACGAGCGUCAGCCUGAGAGCGGAAAUGUCCGGAGCACGGGAGGAGUCCCUGCUCAACUCGUCCCUGCUCAACUCGUCCUUCGGAUGUGGCAGCAACAUGAGCAGUUGGGAGCAACGCAUGGACAAGAUGUACACCUACUUCUACUUGCUGCUCUUCAUCCCCGGGCUGCUGCUCAACACCACGGCCCUCUGGGUCCUCUGCAGACACAUUAGUAAGAAGAGCAAGGCGGUGAUCUUCAUGAUUAACCUGGCUUUAGCGGACCUGGCCCACAUCCUCUCUCUGCCCCUCAGGAUUUAUUAUUACUUCACACACACCUGGCCGUUCGGAAGAGGUGUCUGCUUGUUCUGCUUCUACCUCAAGUACCUCAACAUGUACGCCGCCAUAGUGUUCCUGGUGUGUAUCAGCGCGCAGAGGUGCAUCUUCCUGCUUCACCCAUUCUGCGCACGACGGUGGAGGCGGCGCUACGACCUGGCAAUCAGCGUCAUCGUGUGGGGGGUGGUCAGCCUGGCCUGCUCGCCUUUCAUUCUCAUGCGGAGCAACAGCAGCUCCACCAGUCCCGGUGAGGGCGGACAGCACCCCCCGGGUCACGCCCAGCUUUACGCGCCACAUUCGAGUGCGAGCCCCGGCACGGUCUCCGGUCCUGGCUGUUUUAAGGACCUGCCAAUGCGUCACCUGCCAGUCUCUCUGGCGAUCACCAUGAUGGUCCUUGCUGAGCUGUUUGGUUUCAUCAUCCCUUUGGCCUGCAUCAGUUACAGCUCCAUCCGCAUCGCACGCUCUCUCGGCCCAACACGGGGCCGGAAUGAGCCCGACUCCUCAACGCGCAGCCGACUCCAGUCAGUCAGCAGCAGCUGUCCGAAGGACAGACUCCCGGAGAGGCAGACGAACGCCGAGAAGCGGCGCGCUCUGCGAAUGGUGCUCAGCUGCUCUGCCCUGUUCCUGAUCUGCUUCGCCCCCUACCACAUCAACUUCCUGCUCUACCUGAUGGUGUCGCAGAACAUCGUGUCCCACUGCGCAACCAAUCUGGCGGUGCGUCAAUUCCACCCGGUGUCCCUGUGCCUGGCCAGCCUGAGCUGCUGCCUCAACCCUCUGCUCUAUUACUUCCUGAAUGCCGAGUUCAGGCUGCACCUCACCAGGCGCACCUCCUCCUUCUCCGGGGCGCUCCUCUCCUCCCCGAUCAGCUCCCCGACCCAGCGGCCCGAGCCGGCCAAACUGAUGAGCAAGGAGAGUACCUGCUCAUCAGAGGGUCUCUAUUCCACAGGUGCAUUUGUUUUCCCGCCAACAAAUGACACAAAUGUUAGCGUGAGACAGUGAGACUGAAAAAACAACUGACCAGAUAUCAAGUGGGACAGCGAGACGACCACAAACUAACACCGAAGAGCUUUGACCUCAAUCUGAAGAGUCUCUCACACUGUCCUGACCGCGCUGCUUUCAGAUGACGUGCGUUGGGUGGGUGUGUCAUCACAGCAGCCUUGUGUUUAUGUGUAUCUGUAUGUAUACAAGCUGCAGCCUGUUGAGAAACGCUAUGUAUCAUGAAUGUGUAUGCAAAUGAGUGUUAAUGUUGUGUAAAUAAAAGCGCUGUGUGUGUGCAGCUUGA